AUGGAUGCUGUUUUAGAUCCCCAAGAAGCCGCAAGGCUCAUCCAGUCAUCCGGCCAGAUUCACAUGCACGCCUUCCAAGUCGCCAUUGGAGUCUUAACCGGCCUGGCCCUUUGCUGUUUCCUCGCACGCAUGGCCAUACGCCUCACAUACCAGAAACGUCUAGGCCUAGACGACGCGUUCCUGAUCCUCGCGGCGGCUUGUCUAUGCGCCGCCACCGGCAUCCUGUACCAUAUCUGCUAUUUUCUGUACCUGCAUUCAGCAGCGUCGUUCGCGCAACAGCUCCUGCCCUACCUUCUCGCUAACUACGAUGAGCUUCUCGGGCUGCAGAAGAGGGUGUACCCUUUCCUCGCCCUAAUAUGGACGACGACCUUCGCUGUCAAGGCGUGCUUUCUAGCUUUCAUGCGUCCGCUCGUCUGGCAUAUCUCCAGGAGAGUGAAUUGGUAUUACUGGUUUAUCGUGGGCUUUUGCCUAAUAUCUUGGGCCUUUGUUGUCGCGGAUCCGUUUAUCAUAUGCCCGUAUCUUGGGGCGGACGCAACAAAAUGCUUUAGUUCUACUGUGGAUGAGAGAGUGUCACUUGGGCUUACUGCCUUCGUUACAGUCCUGGAUAUCCUUUCUGAUAUAAUGGUUGUUACCAUCCCUAUCAUCGUUCUCAGGGGCUCGUUCCUCAGCCGGUCUACGAAGUUCGGCUUGGCAGUUUUUCUCUGCCUCUCCGUUUUUAUGGCAAUCUGCGCUGUUGUUAGGAUUGCCGGGUUCCAUUACAAGGGUCUCGAGGACGACAUAUGGGAGUUCUUCUGGCAGCAAACCGAAGGUGCCGUGGCAGUUAUGAUGGCAUCAAUCACAGCAUUCCGCACACUUUUCGUCAAGCAGACAAAUGAUUCCGAGGAUACCACGUCUCGUAGUCCGGCUGGAAGCUUCUUUCACAGACUCUUCAAGCGGUUCCAAUCAUUAGCGCGGGCACAGCCCCCUGAGAAGCCCAGCUCAAGUCAACAAGAUAGUUCGAUCGUCAAGCUCCCCAAGAUACCAUCACCCAUCUUUACUGGCCUGAGAACUUUUAUUCGCAAAAAUAACCGUACUAACGUGAGCACUGCUACGUUUGCUACGCUCGAUUCUGGAAUCGACGGCACCGAGACAGAUUACCAUGCCGCUCUCAAAACACAAGCGCGGGUCGCGCACGAUGAUGUCUCUUCACUUGGGCAAUCUUAA